AUCAUUGACACGUAUAAAAUCCCACCCUCUCGCAUCAUUUCUUCAGCGUCCUUCACCACCUUUCAACACCUUUUCAACACCCUUAGGCAAUGGAAUCCAGCAAUCUAAAUUUUGAUUCUUAUCCUCCUCUCUAUCCUGAUAGUGGGCUUGCCUUGGAUACUCAGCUGUCAAUGUACCAGUAUCCGUGUCCUGAUGCAGAGGCCAACAAUUGGACACUUCCGACAAUCCCACACAAGUCACCUCCGGUUGUAUUCUCUUGGCUAUAUAUGCCUACCCCCUUGGCAUAUUCCCAUAUCCACCAGUCCUCAGCAGCCUCCGCCGUCGUAUUCCCAUCCUACCCAAUCAUCAAUUGGCCCUAUCAAACAGGCAGCUUCUCUUAUGGGGAAUGGCCACAAAACCUUACUGGAGUGUAUCCUAAAACGGACUAUGGAUUAUCCAGCCUGCAAUGCGAUUCUGGACCUCAGCAAGUCGAUCAAAAUCCUUUCCAACAAGCAUCAGGCCAAUGCAAUGGGACCGUCGCUCCGUGGAGCACUGCAGAGCAUUUUGGGACCAUCGUUGCAGAGGCCCCUACUACCGAAACACAAGCAUUGAAUUGUCUAUGCCCUAAGGAUAGAUUCCUUGUAGAUUGUAGACUGAAAGGUAUGGAAUGGACAGCGAUCACCGCCGAAUACAACAAAAGGUGGAAACCAAAAACCGCUGGUGCGUUGACACCAAUCACCACCGGAUACAAUAAAAGACGGAAACCAAAAACCGCUAGUGGGUUGAGGGCCCAGUUGUGCAGGAUAGCACAAAAGCAUCCUGUCAUCAAACGGAUUCUGAAGCCCAGAAGCAGAAAGGCUCCCAAGCCGUCUUGACGAGUGUGUUUCUGGACGUGUUUGGUAAUGAGGUGGACUGGAUACUCUUUGCUGUUUACUGUAGCAGGAGACAGUCUUAGUGCUUUGUAAUACAUCUGGAUAUAAAUGUUUGUGCGUUUUUGAUUGACCAUCCAUUUGAUAUGAUGCAGAGGUUAAGUGAAAUGGCCCCAGGGGAUCAAAACACCAAAUGACUUCCGGUAGGUCCUCUACAAUGGUUUGUAGUGUAGCGUAGUCUAGACCUUUGGCCUAUCCUGUCAUGGCCACCUGCUGCAGAGACGCGAGAUGAGAAAAGUCACGUAAACUUGGCCAGAAAAAUGCUUAUUAAGAAUAGCAUUGCUCCGUCUUGGGAAUGGAUGUAAAUCGGCAUAAAUGCGAAAACUCAAUAGAUAAAUUUUAGAGAGGAGAGCUUGCUCCGCAACGAAGAUGCCGGUCAC